AUGUCACCAACUACAUACAUAAGCAGAAUAGAAACUUUCUCGGCUGCACAUCGUCUACAUUCGCCGUAUUUGAGUGUCGAAGAAAAUAGUAAGGUUUAUGGGAAAUGUAAUAGUGCUCACGGACAUGGACAUAAUUAUAGAGUCGAAGUUGUAAUAAAAGGCGAGGUAAAGUCUAACGAUCAAAAUAUUAAGCAUUUCGCAUUUAUUCUUGGUCGGAACCUCAAUGAUAAGUCUUUUAGAUAG